AUGCGCCACCGCCACCCGGCCAACCCGGGGACGACUCAGCGGGGACCCGAAGUUAGGGGAGCCUUCCAGAAGCGACCCGUCCAACUCCAAUCCCGCAGCCCUACAGGAAAGAGGGUCCGGCGGGCACAGGGUGUCGGGGGAGAGCCCCGGGGCCCUGCCCACAGCCCGCCCCGCCGCCGCCUCUCGGGGACGCAGACUGGGUACACACGACCUUUGAAAAGUAAACGCGAGUGGGGCUGGGCGACCUUGGGUGGGACGCGCGCCGGUCCGCCCCGCCGGCCGCUGCGCGCGCACGGGGGGGAAAAGUUAGGGCGCAGAAGGGGGCACCCCGGGCCUCGCUGCCCUCCUCGUCCCCGCCCCCAGCGGACGGGGACGCGCGUGAGCAACCGGGGCUCGCAGCGCCGCCCCCGAGUCCCGCACGCGCGACCUGUCAGCGGGAGCCUGCGGGCACGCAAGCCCCGGCGGAGGACGGGCGCGGGCGCGCGGGCCCCCGAGGCAGGGAAGGACCCGCGGGCGUCCCGGGCCCCUCAGCCUCCACCUGCCCCCCUGGAAACGCAGCCCACGCGCCGCAUCCUGCACCUGCACCCCCACAAUCGCCAUCACCCGGCCCCCUUCCUCCCCGACGGCUCCCCUAGAAGGCCCAGUAACGGGUGUCCGGGCCGGUCGUCCUCGGCGGCCUCAACUUACCAGUUCCUCGGUGACCGUCGGGAUGCAGGUCCUCGUACCGCCGCCGCCGCCGCCCCCCCCCCCAACCCCAGCCUCACCCCGCGGCCCAGCCUGGCCCGGCAGCGCUACGCUCCGGCCGCUCCCCCACGUGCUCGCCCAGGCCGAGGGAACACAGAGACAUUAAAUACUGAGGACGCGCAGCGACGUGCCCGCGGCGCGACGCAAAGCCCCGCCCCUCGCCCUCGUGCCCCUCGCGCGCCCCCGCGCCCUCCUCCCUCCCCCGGCCGCCCGUCGGUCUGCUCACCUGCGCGUGCGCGCCGCCAGUCACUCCCGCCCGUACCUCACGUGCGCGCGCGCGCGCGCGCGCGCGUCUUCCCAGCUGCGCCAAGAGGGGGCGCGGUCUGGAUCAUUUGGUGA